AUGCAGUGGAGCGCAAGGAAAUAUAACCCGAACGCCAGGGGCUGUAGAGAUAACGUGAUUACUGCCAAUUUGUUCUCUAUUUAUAGUCACGUGUCCAUUAGAGACGAGAAUCAAGGCUUGCAAAUGACCGUGCUAAACGAUCGGACACAGGGAGGCUCGUCGGUAAUGAACGGUGAACUCAAGCUUAUGGUUCACCAAAGGUUGGAAAGUAAGGGCCAGGGUGGUGACUUUAAAAUAGACAAACCGGGAGUUGACGGUAAGGGACUGAAAGUUAAGGUGCGCAAGUGCGAGACUGACAACAUUCGGAGCCGUAAGACUAUUGAUAUUCCGGAAGUGAAAGGUCUGGUCAACAAACUGAUCGGCAAUUUCAUUAAAAAGAUCAAAUACACGCCUUCCGGAGACUCGUCUCAAAACAAUGGCUCAAACAGUGGUAAUAGUGUGGCACCGGUUCUGAACACCACUACUCAGACCACUAAUACUCAGACCACUACUGAUAACACGACUGAAACCACUAUUGAAUUGAAAAAAGCGGACGAAAAACAGAAAUUCAGUGAAAUGACAUCAGAGGAGAAGUUUGACCAUAUGUUUGAUGAAAUCCUUGAACUAAAAUACAGUAAACAAAACAACAUAAGUGCUGUUCAGACGAAGAGAACACCUUAUCGUCCGAAUAAGUGGAACAACAAUCGGAACGGGAAUAGCCAGACAUAUGGUCAGCAAAAUAUGGUCAGAAAACGGAACACUGGCGGCGGCGGAGCGUUUGGGGAAGAGCGGCAACGUUCGGACCAAAGGGACCCGAGGAGUCACAGACCGAUCAGGAAUCAAAACGGAAAUAAUUGGUCAGAAAAUCGGAACCGAAAUCAUCACCAGAACAGCUAUCACCGCACACCACAUCAGAACUAUGGAUUUGAUGUUCAGCGCAAUCAAAAUAACAGAUAUGUAAACAAUAAUGACUUAAUGAAUGAGAUGCUAAACCAACGGGAAAUCACUAAUCAGUUGUUACAAAAUAUGAACAGAAAUGAUAGUUCGAAUCGUUUUUUAGUUCAAACUCAGCGGCCGUUCCCUCAGAACUAA